AUGGAUCCCAGUUCGGUGCUGGAGCAGACGACACAGGACGUUUCGAACUUGCAGGCGGAGUUUAGACAUCUUCUGGAAGAGAUCAGGGCGGAAGAUACGCAGCUGUACGAUCUACGAAAGAAAGCAGCGCAGAAGGACGCCCAGUUGCACAAGUUUAUCAGACAGCAUGGCUCGCUGACCGAGCAUCCGAACGAGGAAGAGUUGUCCAACGGGAUUCGGGAAGAUCUGGAGCGAUGUAAAGAGUUGCAGCAGAAGAAAUGUACUUUGGCUAACACAGCGCUGUUCCUGGUGGCGAAACACCUGGCCAAGCUGGAGAAGAGCAUUGUGGUGCUGGAAGAGGACGGAUUGCUUGCUCCGCUGGAGAAUGAGGUGGACAGCGGGUCCGAGUACUCGCGGGAGAGCUCCGUGCAGAGUACAGGCGAAAGAAGGAGGAAGGCUGCGUCGGCUGGGUCUGCAGAAUCGGCUGUCAGGAGGAGAAGACAGGCCCGUGGGUCCCCGGCGGUGGCUGAAAGACGAGUGGCGCCCAAGUCGGAAGAUCAGUCCGACGGCACGCCGCUAGAGAGCAAUUUCGAUCUGCAGGACUAUAACGACGACCUCUUUUCGGGAAUCAACAACAAUGAGGAAGAGGACAAGACGCUGUACUGCUUCUGCCAGAGCGUCUCGUAUGGCGAGAUGGUGGCCUGCGACGGAGCUCACUGCAAAUAUGAGUGGUUCCACUAUCCUUGUGUGAACUUGAAAGAGCCUCCGAAGGGCGCCUGGUUCUGCCCAGACUGCCGACAGGAGAUGGCAAAGGGUAGACUGAAGAAGAGAAGGCUCUAG